AUGACAGGUGAUAAAGAGACGUGUGAUCCUAGCUCCACGAUGGUGUCGCACACAAGUCAUGUGACCAUGCUCGUCCGACAUCCCUUCAGAGAUGAACACUAUGUCAAGAUGCGCUGGAUUGACACACCCGGGAGAGGUGACACCAGGGGCGAAGAGAAAGACAAAGAGCUGUGGCAGAACACCAUGGCAAAGCUCAUGGAGCAGGACGCGCAAAAAGUUCACCGCAUCGUGUGGGUGCUGAAUGCCGCAUGGCAGCGUGGCGUGGCAAUGCGGGAGAUGAUGCUGAAAGAACUUCGACGCUCCUUCGGCUAUCACCUGUAUGAGCACUUAGAUCUCGUUUUCAACUUCCUGCCGCACCUGCCGAACAAAAGCGAGUAUCGAGAGGCAGUUUUGCUUCCUCAGCGGGAGAAGUUCACGAACUGGAUUAUGGAGCAGGAGGACAAGCUCUUCAAUUGGUCGUCGGAGCUUCGGAAAGAUGUUUCGGCCCAAGUCAACCGCACCGGCUUCUAUGGUAUCAGUAUCAACCCCACGUAUUUAGCAGAUUGUCCAUUGGAUCUGCCGCUGUCGGCACCGUAUCUUCGGCAAUUCCCUCCCUUCUCAUAUCCCGCCGGUGUGGACGAGCUCAUCAAAAUGUAUGAAUCUGCCAGGCAUUGCUAUGUGAACUCGAGUGGGCUCAAGGUUGCCGACAAGCAUCCCAGGAUUGGCCCCGGUGUGUUACAAAAUUUCUCCAGCCUGCGCUAUGAGUGCGGCCUGCGCCCAAAGUGGUCAUGGCAGGACGGCUAUCAAGAGAACCAGUACAGACAGAGAUUGUACCGGAGACUGUUGCUCACCCCCGGCUAUGUUGCUGUGCAUGUUACAAUGCGUGGUGCUCUUUUCUCUGCAGGGGACCGUGCCUUUCUUCUGUCCUCCCAGGAUGGUGGAAAGGUGGAAUGUGGUGACCCUGAGGAAAAGGGUUGGCCCCGAGACUGGUCAAACCAGACAGUUAAGGCCGUCAGCAUAUCUGCGACCGGCGAGUGGGCUACGUACCGCUUUCCCUGGAGACCCGGAUCCCUGCGGGUCUGCUUCUGUGAGGCUCCCAAUUGCACUGAGUCAUGGCGCUUUGGGCAGAAUCUCUCCCUUCCCGAGGCCAGCCCAGGGAAUUGCAAGGAUGAAGAUCUGGUGUCAACUUUUCGAAGCCCUAACCUGACAAGCCGGUAUAUGCUUCCUCGACCUGUUGCAGUCAAUGACAGGCUCUUUGCGAUCGCUUACGACAAUGUUGUGGUUGUGAAUUUGCAGCACAAUACUCCUUACUCCGCUCACAGGAUUUCACAUUGGCAAAAUAAGCUCUCGUACAGAGACUUCGUAGCAGAGCUCAACGGAUCCAUCUAUGCAGUCGGGUCGGAUAUCCUGAUCUGCAACACAGCAACGCAGAAAACUAGCAAGAUACCGCUGCCAGGAUUCAAGUGGAGUUGGUGGAGCAGUUUGAUAGCCGCAGCCAACCACAGCUUGUACAUUCUCAAUCAUGGUGAUCCUGGUCAGACUUAUCUGAUUGUUUUCGAUGUGGUGUCUAUUGCCAUCAACUGGGUUGACAUCUCACAGGCGCAUCACUUGCUCGCCCAAGCGAAUACAGUACCGGAUUAUGAAUUGUUUGGCGGCUGUGUGGUGGUGAGCAAUGAACUGUUUGUUUUGCCACGCAGUGCUCCGGAUGUGCUGGUCAUCGACCUUGUUUCCUUCAACAUGUCCACUCUUUCCACGGAGGCUGUGCAGACAGGAAGGUACAAAUGGGGCGGAGGAGUGGAGGCUCGUGGGCGAGUGUAUGCUGCACCGCGGAAUGCUGACAGGAUUCUGGUGAUCAACGCCAAGGCGCCUACGCGGGACGUGUUUGGCAUUCCUACCUCGAAAGUAGCUAUUGGACGUUGGAAAUGGUAUAGCCUUGUGCUCGCCAAUGACCGCUUGUAUGGAAUUCCGGACCAUGCGCGUUCGGCGUUUGUCUUUGACCUGAACACGGAGGAGUUGUAUGGCAUCGAAGUGGGGCUAACCACGAGAGUUGCCGUCGUUGGCGAUCGAUUGUUUUGGACGAGAUGGUAUGAUGAAGAAGAUUUGCUACUCGGUGGUUAUCAUGACUCUUAUGCCCUCCUUUCUCUGGAUGCAACGGUGAACAUCUCCGCGGAAGAUCCUACUGAUUCUUAA